CGAUCUAAGGCGAUGGGUUUGAGGAGGAAGGAUCUCGCGGCUAUUUGUAGGGCGCCGAAUGGAUUGUGUUGCGAAUUCAGUCGUCGCGGCGCUGACGAACAAGCGAUAUUAUUCUAUCCGACAGUGACCUCAACGGUCGUGUAUUAAUACGUUCAUAAUUUCGCGGGAAGAUUUUUGAUUAUUAUAACUUAGUGACAAGUCAUAUACAAUCAUGGUGGGUUCGAUGAGCCGAAUCAUCGUCUUAGUGUGCAUGAUUUACCAUUCUUCGUGUGAUGUUACUGACAGAGGAUCGAGAGGUAGUUCAAGUCCCACACAAGGAACAUUUAAUUGUAAAUCAGAAGGGUUUCAUUCAGACCCGUCUGACUGUACAUCAUUUUACAGAUGUGUAAAUUUUGGAGCUGGAACAUACUAUACCAAGUUUAAAUUCCAAUGUUCUCCUGGAACUGUUUUUGAUCCAGAAAACUCUGUAUGCGUACAUCCUUCUUUUUCUAACAGAGAAGAAUGCAAAAAUGUACAAUUUAGUAAUCCUGAGCCUGAACCUAGCCCAGAAGAAUCUAAUUCAUGGAAUUCACAACCUAAUGGCGGCUCAAAUCAACCAAACUCUAAUAAACCAAAUAACUCAGGUUAUGGUUCAACCGCCCCUGAAUAUUUAAGUCAGCCAUCUUCAAACUAUGACUAUGGGCGCCCACAGUCUGGUUAUAAGCCAACACAAACUGAAUACGUACAACCUCAAUCACCACCAAUAUACCAACCUCCCCCAUACAUACCACCACAACCAAACUCUCCAUCUAGUAAUUAUAAACCUCAACAGCCAGGAUACGUAGAAUCUAAUCAACCAAGUUAUAAUCAACCACAGCCUCAACCAAGUUAUAAUAAUCCACAACCUCAAUCUGGUUACAUUCCAACUUCAUCACAACCGGCACAAAAACCAAAUUAUAACCAACCUCCACAACCUGGUUACGCACAACCAUCAACGCCACCAUCACAACAGUUCAAUUAUAAUCAACCACCACAAUCUGGUUACAUACCGCCUAGUCAACAAUCUAGCUAUAAUCAACCACCACAAUCUGGUUACAUACCACCUAGUCAUCAACCAAGUAAUAAUCAACCACCGCAAUACAAUUAUGUGCAACCUGUAUUAUCAACGUCGCAACCAAAUUAUUAUCAACCAUCAAACCCUAAUUACAAUCAACCACAAUCUACUUAUGCGCCUCCUGUUCAACCAGAAGAUGGCUACAAUCAGCAAUCAUCAUCAGAAAGUCCUGAAAAUGAAGUAGAUAAUGAAUCACCUAAUCAACCAGAAGAAACUAGUUCUACUGGACCAAAUUGUGUGUCAGAAGGAUUCCAUCCAUACGAUGAAGGUUGUAGCAAAAAAUUUAUAAGAUGUGUGGACAAAGGUGAUGGGACUUUUACCAAAUAUGAAUUUGACUGUGGUGAAGGAACCUUAUGGGAUAAUAGCCAACAAACAUGCAACCAUGCUCAUCUAGUAAAUUGUGGAACCACAGAAGCAGCUACACCUUCCACAAUUCAAUCAGAUUCUACCGUAGCACAACAAAUAACUACAGCCAACCAAUGGUCAAGUUCAAUGACUUCUAGUUCAUCUAUGAUGUCAAGCUCAAGUUCAAGUUCUAGUAGUUCUUCAAGUAGUCAAUUUUCAACUUCAGCUAUCAUUGCUGGUCAAACAAAUGGAGGACAACAAUCUACAUCUCAAGGUGCUUCUUCAACAACAGUCGCUAUGAAUCAAGGUUCAAACCAAGCUGAAAGUGCUAGCACAAAUCAACAAUCUGCUACUUCUGGGUCUAGUCAAGCCGUAACAUCUGGAUUUAACCAGCAAACAACUAGUGCCGCAGCCAACCAACAAACAACUAGUGCCGCUGCCAAUCAACAAACAACCAGUGCCGGAGCUAGCCAACAAACAACUAGUGCCGCAGCCAACCAACAAACAACUAGUGCCGCUGCCAACCAACAAACAACUAGUGCUGGGGCUAACCAACAAACAACUAGCGCGGGAGUCAACCAACAAACAACUAGCGCUGGAGCUAACCAACAGACAACUAGUGCCGCAUCCAACCAACAAACAACUAGUGCCGGAGCAAACCAACAAACAACUGGUUUUGGAUCUAAUCAACAGACAACUAGCGUUGGAUCAAAUCAACAAACAACUGGUGCAGGAUCUAAUCAACAGACAACUGGUGCAGGAUCUAAUCAACAAAUAAAUAAUUCUGGAAAUAAACCAACUUCGCCAAUGUCAUCAACAUUAAAACCAACAACGCCAAUUUAUACAACAAAAAAACCAACGGUAUCGACAACUCCGAAACCAACUACUCCGCAACCAACAACUUCAAAACCAACCACUUCAAAACCAAUCACAAAUAAGCCGACCACAUCUAAACCAACCACUCAAAAACCAAUAAUUUCAAGUACCACGCAAAAAGUUACAACAACGACUCAGUCAACAUCUACUUUACCAACAACUACAACACAAAGAGCCACUACGACUACCACUAAAAAACCAACGCAAUACACUUCAACUUCUAAACCAACCACUCAAUCAACUACUAAACCAUCUGUUACGACAACCAUUAAACCCACAAACAAACCUGUAUAUCAAUCAUCAACAACUAUUAAACCAGUAAGUCAGCAAUCUACGAAAACACCACCAACCACAUCAUCAUCUACAAAUCAUCAAACGCAACAACCUUCAACAACAGACACUUGUACUGCAGAAGGAUUUUUCCCAGAUUCUAAAGAUUGUAACAAGUUUUAUAGAUGUGUUGGUAAUGGAAAAGGAUUUACUAAAUAUAACUUUAACUGCGGUCCAGGGACUGUUUGGGAUCAUGUUAAUAAUGUAUGUAAUCAUCCAUGGGCAGUGGAUAGGGAUUGUUCUAAAUCAAGUUCAUCGUCUACAACUGGAUCAACAGAAUCAAUUACAUCUAAUAGUUCUGAAAAUCCAAUAUCAAGUCAACCUAAUAAUCCAGAAACAUCCACAAAAUUGCCUACAACUUCUUACCCUCAGUCAUCAACAAGUAGUCAAACUACCCAAACCCAGACUUCGACAACUACUUCUAGUCAACAAACAUCUUCAGUCACAAGUCAAACAGUUGUAUCGACCAAUAAUUCAACUGCUCCUUGUAAUACUUCACCAAAACCACCUAGUAAAAUAGUGUGUAAUGGAAGUGGAUUUUUCCCUCAUCCCGAUGAUUGUAAAAAGUUCUAUAGAUGUGUCGACUGGGACGGUGAUAAAGGUGAACGAUUUUCUGUGUACCACUUUGACUGCCCCGAAGGAACUAUUUUUGAUCCUAGCUUAAACGUUUGUAAUCACGAAGCUUCUGUAUACCCUCCCAGAGAUUGUUCUGGAUCAAGCUCCCCUCAAAUUAGUAGUACUAGUACUCCAACAACUGAAACAUCUACUACCACUCAAGCAAGUACUAUAGUAACAACUGAAGGUCAAACUGAUACAACAGGACCUUCUGAAACUAAUGAACCAGAAUUAAAACCAACUUCAAGUUUACCAGAAACAGAAUCUACUACAUCUAGUCAACCAGAAACUAAUCCACCAACAACUAAUCCUACAGGAACUGAUCCUGUAACGUCUAGUGUAACUGAGACUACAACGAGUCAAAUAGAAACUAACCCUCCUACAACUAGUCCAACGGAAACAAAUCCACCUACGACUAGUCCAACGGAAACAAAUCCACCAACAACUAAUCCAUCGGAAACAAAUCCUCCGACGACAAGUCCUUCAGAAACAAAUCCACCAACGACAAAUCCAUCAGAAACAAAUCCACCUACUACAAGUCCAUCAGAAACUAAUCCUCCAACAACUAAUCCAUCGGAAACAAAUUCACCUACAACAAGUCAAACAGAAACAACAGAUUCUGAAACAAAUCAACCGACAACAGAAACAUUACCUGCCACAACAACUUCACCAGAAACUUCGAACUCCACUGACAAAUGUCCCACUUUAGAGCCGGAUCAAGUUGCAUUAGUGUGCCCAACAGGCUUUAGAAGGCAUCCAAAAAAUUGUAACUUAUUUUAUCAGUGUACAAUAGCAGAUAAUAAUGACAUAAAGGUAUUGGUUCUCGCGUGUUCAAAUGGUACUUACUAUGACCAAAAGAGAAUACAAUGUUUACCACCAGAUGAAGCUGAAUCAUGUCCAUUAAACGAUGAAGGCCGGUCAGAACCACUUGAAGAGAUACUACCAACUGUCCAGAUUCAACCUUAUCGGCAAUUAUGUCCAUCAGAAGGAAUGUUUGGUUCUCCAAAUGAUUGUCAAACAUUUGUAAAAUGUAAUAGAAACGCUCGAGGAAUUCUCAAUGGUCAAAUGUUUCAAUGCCCCGAAGGUCAGAGCUUUUGGGAUACAUCUAAAAAAUGUGAGAAAAAUAGAAAAAUUCCCAUGUGUAAUAAACUCGGCCCUAAGCUAAAUUGGCAAACGAGUCUAGCCCCUGUUCUUGCUAAUUAAUGAAAUUUAAUUUUAUAAACAAAAAUUUCAAAUAAUAAUGUAUAAUUAGCUCAAUCUAAAUGUAUAUUAGUUUAAGCUUAUGAUAAUAAUUAAUAUGUAAUUAAGUAUUUAACCUUAAUUUAGAUUAGGUACAAUUUGUCUUAAUUUUGAAAAAUGUUUCAAAGAUUUGCCUAGGCAACAAAAAUACAAAAUAUAAAAUUGAUUCACUACGUUUAGUUUGUGAAAAUAUAAACAAAAAAUCAAAAUAGAUAAGUAAUGGUGCCUAGCAAAUAAUAGAUAUUAGGUCACUAUUAAUCUAUGAUUAGUGGUUAUUGAUUAUAAUACAGUAUUUUUGUUAUGCACCAUAAUACUUAUCUAUGCAUUUGAUUUCAAAAAUAAUGUGCCAUACUAGACAAGUAUUUUUGCUUAAGAGUUGCAUAAAUGUUUGAAACAUUUUUUAAAUACUACAAAUAAUUACAUGUAAGUUAUAUUUUUAUAUUUUUAAUACAAUAUUGUGAUGAUUUUAUUGUUCAUUUUUUUUUUUUUUAUCUUAUUUAUAAAUUUUGUACAUACAUUUUUAUGAAAAAUUAAAAAUAUAUUAAUAAUUUAAUUUUUGCAAUC